UAGGCUUGAUUUAGUGGUCAUUAAAUUACCCCUCUCAUUCAGUGACAAUCAGUUAAGCUCCUAGAAGACACUCAUUGUUUGGAUAAAUUAUGUCCCAAUUUUCUCUCUGCUUUUGGUUGGAGCCUUAAUUUUCAACUAAAUUUUAGUUCAAAACACUUCUUGUGCUUGGUUUAUAGGCAAGAGAAGAUCUUUAAUGUUCCCAUGAAGCUAAAUGGAGAUAGAGUUCUGGAUUAUUCUCAGUCUUGACUCCGAAAAAUUAUAGUCCUUUGAUUAGCAAGGAAUAAUUUUAAAAGUUAUUUGGUUUGAAUGUGGGUGUCACUAUGCUUAAAAUUAUAUUUCCCUUCGAUUGUAACUCUUUAGAUUACCUAAAAUUGUGUGAAAUUAGGUGGAGCCUUUGUAGUUGUUCCAAGAUCUUGAAGUAUUGAGCCUCAGUCUCUUAUAUAACUCAUAGAAAUAGGCUCAAAUGAAAACUCAGAAUUGCCCAACCACAAAUUUUGUAAUAAAUGAGCCACAGUUGACCUCUCACUAAUCUCUGAUGGUGUGAAGCCCCGCUUAAGUCUGCAAUAAAGCUUGCAAGUGUAAUUCCUCCAAGAGAGAUCUGGGAGUUUGGUUCUUGAAUCUCUAUUGGGUAACAUUG